UCUCGAGCUCUGACAGGAAGAAGGUCUGUAAUUUCAACAUGGCUGCCACCUACGAAUUCUAAACAGUGAAACUGAAAGUCUUCAUCAAAUAUCUGAGUUUGCUCGGCUGAGUGGUCCCGGUGCUGGUCCAGAAUGGCCCAGUGUGUCCAGUCCGUUCAGGAGUUCAUUCAGGACUCUUUUGUUCCGAUGGUAGCCGUUUUAAGCAGCGAUGAAGCGGAGAGGGUGUCUCGGAAGAACAACCUGAGUUUCUCUGAACUGCUCCGGCCUUUCUGUAAACUAACCUCCGAAGGUCACAUCCGGGAUCCUAACAACCAGCUCCAGACUGUGAAGAACCUACGUGUCUGCGUGAACAACCUGGUAACGAGCCUUCAAACACCGUCUGCCUCCGUCAGCCCUGCUCAGUACCGACUGCUCAGCGAGGUGGUGUUGUCCUUCCAGCCCCAGGAGGGGGCCCAGACCUCUGCUGUCAAGACCGGAGACUACAGCCUGAACCUAAGUGUGACCACGCCCUGGUUUGAAGCCUACAGAGAUAAUUUCCUGCAGUCGAUGCCAGCCUCUGACCAUGAGUUCUUGAAUCACUACCUCGCCUGUCUGCUGGUGGUGUCCUCCACUGAGACCGUCCCUGUGGAGCAGUUCCUGAAGCUGUCCCAGGAGCAGCAUCGGAUCCAGCACAGUGGAGAAUAUACUAAUCCCAAGUGGUUUAUCCCAAACACCCUCAAGUACUACGUAUUACUGCAUGACAUGAGUGAGGGGGAUGAACAAAGAGCAGAGCUGGUUUAUGAAGACAUGAAACAAAGGUACGGUUCUCAUGGCUGUUACUUGUUGAAGAUAAACUCCCGCACAGUUUCUCCUGAGCAAGAUGAACAGAUCCCAGACCCAUGGAGUCAGUACCUGCUGAGAAAUAGUCAGCGGAACCAGGAGAUGUUUGAUUUGGUUCCAGCUGCUAAUGUUGCAGAGACCAGUGCUGGUGCAACUGAGGUGGACAGCAGCGACUCGGCAGAGACAGGACCUGGCCUGUCCAGUAGCCUGGAGGUCCAUCCUCUCCAGUUAGACACCAGCUCAGCAAGCCUCCAGACUCUGACUGAUGUCCAUGUCGACCUGAAGACGGGAGCGAGGGACUCGGAGCAUCCAGCGUUAGGAUCAGGGAGCUAUGGAGCCUGUCUGACCCUCAAUGAUCAUGACCACGUUAGACAGUUUGUUCAAGAGUUUGCUUUCAGAGGUCUGCUCCCACAUGUUGAGAAGAACAUCAGACAGCUGAAUGACCAGCUCCUUUCCAGAAAAGGCCUGAGUCGCUCUUUGUUCACUGCUACCAAAAAGUGGUUUGGUGGAGGCAAAGUUCCAGAGAAGAACGAACCUAAGACUACUAGCAACCUUCUAUAUCCUCCUGAAGCCCCGGAGCUGCAGAUCAGGAAGAUGGCAGACCUUUGCUUCCUGGUCCAGCACUACGACCUAGCCUACAGCUGCUACCACACUGCCAAGAAGGACUUCCUGUUGGACCAGGCCAUGCUGUAUGCUGCAGGAGCACUGGAGAUGGCUGCAGUGUCGGCCUUUCUGCAGAGUGGAGCCCCCAGACCGUACCCGUCGCAUUACAUGGACACAGCAAUACAAACCUACAGAGAUGUCUGCAGGAACAUGGUGCUGGCGGAGCGGUGUGCUCUAUUGAGCUCUGAGAUACUGAAGAGUCAGGGAAAAUACUCAGAGGCUGCAGCGCUUCUCAUUAAGAUGACCAGUGAGGACUCUGACCUACGCAGCGCUCUGCUGUUGGAGCAGGCAGCCCACUGUUUCAUUAACAUGCGUAACCCAAUGGUGCGCAAGUUUGCCUUCCACAUGAUCCUGGCUGGUCAUCGUUUCAGCAAAGCGAGACAGACGAGACACGCUCUGCGCUGUUACUGCCAAGCCAUGCAGGUGUACCAGGACAGGGGCUGGUCCUUGGCAGAAGAUCAUAUCAACUUCACCAUUGGCCGCCACUCUUUCACACAUGGUCAAUCAGAGGAUGCUGUGAUGGCUUUCAGACAAAUCUUGAUCAAUGACAGCCGACAGACGGCCACACAGCAGGCUGCCUUCCUCAGAGAGUACCUCUACGUGUACAAAAGUGUGAAUGGAGAAAAGAAAGGAUGCCUCCCUGAGCUGCCGCUGCCCUACAUCCAGAGCUCUACUACCAGGGUCUUCUUUGGACACGAGCGACGCCUCGCAGAAGGAGAGAAGCAGGCGGCCACUCAUGUGUCGUUGGAUCAGGAGUAUGACCAGAACUUGUCAGCCAUGUGGUGUCAACUAGAGGAGCAGCUUGUGUCUUCUGCCAAUCGUGGGAUUGUCCCAAACAACUUCCAGCCUUCUCAGAGCUGUCUGAACAGUCAGACGGACAACCUCCAUCCCCCUCUCGCUGUGGUGGAGGAACCAAUCAUAGUGGAGCUAUCAUUCAGAAACCCUUUGAAGGUUUCUCUGACUCUGUCUAACCUCUCACUGCUCUGGAAGUUUACUGCUGAUGGAACAUCUUCACCAGGUAAAACUCAGACAGGUGAGCAGAUCACAGGAGAGACCAUCACUAACGAGGAGGCCUCGGCCACACAGAUGGCACUGAAAGAUGACAUCAUCACCGCUGAGAUCAUUAAGGAGUUUCAUAUGGGAUCAGAGGAGACCAAAAUGGCCAGACUGAGGUUGCUGCCACACAGGACUGGUCAGCUGAACAUCGUAGGAGUGGUUUAUGACCUGACCUCCUCAUUCGCUGGAGAAACAGCUUCAAAUACUGAAGGCCAGCAGGCUCUGAGUCAGAUGACCGUUCGUGGCAGACAAGACCUGAAGAUCCGGGGUCCACGGCUAAACCUGACCAAAGAAGAUAAGAUGCAGGUUCGAUAUGGGGCAGAUCAACGUCUGGAACCCAUCAUAACGCCCCCAAUGCCUUUAAUGGAGGUCUUUUUCCUACAGUUUCCCACUGCUCUGCUGUGUGGUGAGAUCAAGAAGGCCCACGUGGAGUUUUGUAACGUCAGCGCGGUUGCUUUGUGUGGACUGCGCGUAGCGUCCACUCACCCUGACUUCUUCACGUUUGGCAGCCAAGCCACAACACCUGUCACACCCCCCUCUUCAGUCUCAGCUGAAAACUGCUCAGCCUAUAAAACCUUUGCGACAACCCUUCAGCAAGGUUCAGUUGCAUCGGAGAUGCUGGUUUCAGCAGAGGAGUUCAGUCAGCCAUCGGGGGUGAUGAACAUCCCGGUGCACGGGGGCAUGCUACAACCUGGGGAGUCCAUUCAGCUGCCUCUUUGGCUCAGAGGGCCGGACAAGGAGGGAGUCCAUGAAAUCAACUUCCUCUUCUACUAUGAGAGCAUAGAGAAAGGACCCAAGAUCAGUCAUCGAGUGUUGCGCCACACAGUGUUCAUCUGUGCCAGCCGUUCUCUGAAUGUUCAGGCCUCGGCUUUCCAUAGCACCGCUCCUCCUCCUCACUCUGUAGAUGACAAAGGCAGCAGGGGAACGCUGGUGUUCAUCGAUGUGGAGAACGUCAACAUGAGUGAAGGGGGUGUGCGUGAGUUCCACAUCGUUCAGGUGUCCAGCAGCAGUCAUCACUGGCGCCUCCACAAGUACAUCACCCCCACUAAGGACAAUGACUGUAAACUGAGCAGCAGAGAAAGAGCUAAGCUCUGUUUCAGGGCCACACGGUGCAAACCCCGUCAAGCUAACUUGGACAACGUUGAUAAACUCAUCUUUGCAGAUCUGAGCCUGGGAAAUGAACGGAUCAUCAGCUCUUCCACACCCUGUGGAGAUUUCUUCUUCCGCUGCUGCAACACAUCAACACUCCAGCAGGUUGAUGUUAAUUCCAGGACAUCAGGUAACAGCAGGAGUCUGUACUCUGCUCCCCCCAGCGGCUCCGGCACCAACCUCACAAGCGUCACCAGGAAGUGUAAUGACCUGGACCUCAACAUCAUUGUCAUCUGGAAGGCGUACGUCAUUGAAGACAACAAACAGCUGAUCCUUGAGGGGCAGCUCCAUGUGGCGCUGCACUCGUUUGGUAAAGAGGCCAGUUCUCUGGUUCCUAAAGAGGAAUCCCAGGAAAUGGUGCUGCUCAAGUUUAAGUCUGAGUUGCCUCCUCCAGUUGUACUGCCCUUUCCAGAAGUCUCCCAGCUCAUCAAAACUAGCCUACACUACCCAGAAACCUUCACACAUCACUUUGUCCAGGACAGUCUCUGCUUGGUCCCAGUAACGCUGACUCUGUCCAACUGCUCUGUGGCACUGGUCGAUGUCAUCAUUGACCUCAGACACAACAGCACGAGCUCAGAAUCUCUGGAGGUCCACGGUUCGUUCUCCUGGGUGGGUCAGACCCAGUACAAGCUGCAGCUGGGUCAGCAGGAGGUGGUGAGCCUCACUCUGAGAGCCUGCUUCUUUAGAGCCGGAGUCUACAACCUGAAUACGCCGCGGGUCUUAGCCAGACCCACGGAGCAGAACUCUGUGUGUGAGACGAGUCAGCAGACAGCGAGUCCAGCUCUCAUCAUCAUCAUCAACAGCGCCCGUCUCCAGAAGUCGAACAGUAGUGAUGAACAGCUGUCACUGUAACAUGAUGCCGUUUGCUUCCUGGGUGUUGUGGAUCUGAUCGUGACCCGGCUCUGUCAGGAUCAAGGAAAAAAAGUCUGUGAACCUU